CAGUCAAAAAGUGUAAACUUCUAGUUACAAGAUAAGUCCUGAGGAUGUAAUGUAUAGCGUGAUGACAAUAGUUAACAACAACCAAAAAGUACUAUUUUUAUCAUAGUAGAUGGUCCUCUACCUUCCGUGCCUCCUCCUGACAGCAAACUGAUAGUAUCGGGCUCUCCCUGGGGAAGCAGGUGUAAGAACAGGGAAAGGGAGGAAGGGUCCUGCACAGCCCUGGGAUGAUCAUACAUCCCACAAGAGAGAAAAAGGCCAAAAAUAUGAACAUAGGAGGUCAAGUCAGAAGAACAUGGAGAGACAACUGUGCUUCCAGAGUCCAGAGACCCAGAGAGGUCAUUUCCUUCCAUCCAUCCCUCCUCCCACCCACCUGCUCAGAGACAAGCUCUACAAUGAGACUGUGGCAAAGGCCUUCCUGCAGUUUUAUGAGCAUAGUGCCCAAAUUGUGUGGAACCAGUUCAUGGAGGCCACCUGGAACUAUGUCACCAACAUCACCAAGAAAAAUCGUGAGGAGAUGCUGGACAAGGAUGUGGAGAGGUCCCAGCACACGCUGUACUUUGGCACGUGGGCCCUCCUGUUUAAGAUCGCCAACUUCCAGGACCCAGCCGUGAAGCGCAUGCUGAGUAAGCUGCAGAACUUGGACGGGGCGGCCCUGCCCAAGGAGGAGCUCCGGGAGUACAACCAGAUUGUGGCCCACAUGGAGACCAUGUACAGCAUGGCCCAAGUGUGCCUGAAUGAGGGGCCCUGCCUGACCCUGGAGCCAGACCUCCAGGAAGUCACGGCCACCUCACGGGACCAGAAGGAGCUGCUGUGGGCCUGGCAGGGCUGGCGGGAUGCUAUGGGUCACCCUCCGCAGCACCUUCGAGUGCUAAGUGCAGCUGCGAAGCUCAACGGUUACAAAGACAUGGGGGCCUUAUGGCGGUCCAUGUACGAGUCCGACACGCUGGAAGAAGACCUGGAGCAGCUCUUCCAGGAGCUGCGGCCGCUCUACCUGAACCUGCAUGCCUAUGUGUGCCGGGCCCUGUAUCGCUUCUACGGGCCUGAGCUCAUCGAUCCGAGGGGACCCAUCCCUGCCCACGUUCUGGGCAACAUGUGGGCUCAGUCCUAGGUCAACAUCUUAGACCUGGUCCUGCCCUUCCCGGGGAAGCCCCCUGAGGACAUCACGAAGAUCAUGCGAGGCCAGCAGUGGAAGUCUGAGAAAAUGUUCCAAGAGGCUGAAAAAUUCGUCACCUCCCUGGGGCUGCUUUCCACCCCUCCUGAGUUCUGGAAAAAUUCCAUGAUGGAAAGGCCAACGGACGGGCGGGAGGUGGAGUGCCACGCAUCCGCCUGGGACUUCUAGGAUGGGAAGGACUUUAGGAUAAAGAAGUGCACCAAAGUGACCACAGAAGACCUGCUCUCCAUCUUCCACCAGAUGGGCCAUAUCCAGUACUUCCUGCAGUACAAGAACCUCUCUGUGAUCUUCCGCGCAGGCGCCAACCCAGCCUUUGAAGAGGCCUUGGGGUCGGUGAUCACCCUCUCGGCCUCCUCCCAUAAACACCUGCUCGACAGAGGCCUGCGCAGCCACCAGCACCAGGACGAAGAAGAGGAGGUCAGUUUCCUGAUGAACGUUGCCCUGGAGAGGAUCGCCUUCAUCCCCUUCGCCUACCUGAUGGACCUGUUUCGCUGGAAGGUCUUUGACGGCACCAUCGAGAACGCCAUGUACAACCAGGAGUGGUGGAACCUCAGGUGCUGCCUCAGCUUCGUGCUCCAGUUCCAGGUCCAUGAAGCACUCUGCAAGGCCUCAGGCCACGUGAGGCCCCUGCACCGGUGCGACAUCUAUAACUCCAAGCCAGCUGGGAAGCUCCUGGAGGAUGUCCUAAAGCUGGGCUCGAGCAAGCCCUGGCCAGAGGUCCUGCAGAAGAUAACCGGGGAGACCAAGGUGUCUACAAAGGCCCUCAUGACCUACUUCAAGCCCCUGCUGAACUGGCUGGUCACCGAGAAUGUGCGGCGUGGGGAGAUCCGGGGCUGGCCAGACUUCAGCUGUUCCUUUGAAGGUUUGGCAAGGCCCUCAGCUUUGGCUUGGAAGUUCCGCCUGCUUGGCAAGAUUCCUGUGUCUUCCACAGAGAAAGAAACAGACAGGGUGGCAUUCCUGGGUCUGGAGCUGGACCCUGCCCAGGCCAAAUCUAGGCAGUGGGUGUUGCUGGCCCUGAGCUUUGUCAUGUUACUGGUGGUCCUGCUGCUGGCCUACAGGCUGUACAUCCUGGAAAAAAGCUCACUGGCCCAAGACACCAGUGCACGGGACACCAGUGCACUCAAGUCACCACCCAAAGCCUACUUACUAGGCAUAGCCAUGGAGCCCCACCAAGGUGUCAAAAACAGUGGCUGCUGCUGGGCCUCUGCCUCAUCGUGA